AGAUAUUUGUUGUUUAUGCUUUCUGGUUGGUGUGGCAGUUAAUUCAAUGUUCGGGUUUUUAUACAAAAUGGUCAAUUAUGUGUAAUUAUCAAACCUUUUGCUACUAGAUGACUAAAUAUUUUAUUGGAUGAACGAUCGUGGGCGAACAAAAAGAAAUAUAAAUUCCAUAUGAACUUUUUAAUUUUGUGGGUAUUAGGAUAAUAUUGCGAAAUUGAAGAGAAGAGAAAUCGAUUUCAUCGAUGGACUGGUUGAAGCGAAGUCAAUCGUGGCAAGUGUUCACCCACAAGACCUUCCAAACAUAAAAUGUGUAAAGGAUUUGGGAGCUGAGGCCGUAGUAGAAAAUCUUCCUGUGGUAAAACAAUCUGAUGUAGUUUUUAUUACGGUCAAACCUGAUGUCGUCCCGCAAGCUUUAUCAGAAGUAAAAUCUGCAAGUGCAAAUAAAUUAUUUUUAUCCAUAGCAAUGGGCAUUACUGUUGCAGAUUUAAGAAAGAAUCUCCACGAAAACAGCCGAAUAAUUCGAAUUAUGUCCAACAUUCCAAUCACUGUUCAAGCUGGAUGUUCAGCUUUUGUAAGAGGAUCAAAUGUUACAGAUGAAGAUGCAAAACUGACGCAGCAGUUACUUAAAUCGGUUGGUCACUGCGAAGAAGUAAAUGAAAAAUUGCUAGAUGUAAUAACUGCGUUGGCAGGCAGUGGACCGGCAUUUAUUUUCGUCCUUAUUGAAUCUCUUGCCGAUGGUGCUGUGAAGAUGGGUAUGCCUAGGGAUGUUGCCUAUCGUUUUGCAUCACAGACAGUUCUCGGUGCUGCACAAAUGGUUCGGGAUUCCAAAGAACAUCCUGGCAAACUGAAGGAUGAUGUUACAAGUCCAGGGGGCUCAACCGCCGCUGGAUUGAAUUAUUUAGAUAAAAUGAACUUCAGAGCUGCAGCUGCUGGUGCAGUUGAAAUGGCGACAUUGCGAAGUAAAGGAAUUAUAUCUUAGGGAUCUAAGUGCUAUUAUAUAAAUCGUGCAUGGAUGUUGUAUCUAUAGUUAAAUAAUAUUGUCAAGGUGCAGGCAGAUCUCACCUCUUGAGGAUGGAACUCUACUGUUAUAUUCAAGAAAAUAGUGAACAACUGUAAAUUAAACUUUUUGUUAGUUUUAUUCAAAAUAAGCGUAGAAUUUAUUAUUAAAGUGUUACCAUAUAUCAA